UGGAAAGAUACUCUGUGUUCUGAGGGGAAACUAAGAAAGGUCACAGUUUUGGAGAAAAGCAGCUGCAGGGAGACUUUUUCUUUCUUCUUCCAAUGUGUGAUGGAGUCUGGGUUUUUCUGCUUUAUUCUCGCGUCUUGCCUUGCAGUUUAUUCUUCUUACACAGUCAGCUCACACAGAGAGUGGGAUGAAGUUGUGAUGGUUGAACAAAACACAUCCGCCACCUUGGUCUGUACUGGUGCCAGAUUCCGAGGCGACAUAUCCAUUAACUGGAAGGUGAAGUCGGUGGACACGGAUGAAUGGAAACUGAUUCUCUCAGCCAGCGAGAAGAAAAAGUUUUCUGGAGGUGCCUCGAAGCCAUCCAUGCGAUUGACUGACGACGACUUUCGAAACACGGGGGAUUUCUCGCUGGUUGUUUCACCCGAAGUGGCGGACGCAGGACUCUACUCGUGCCUCAUCCAGAAACAGGAGAGGAAAGUGAAGGAGAGGAUUUUCCUUUUGACAGUCCUCACAGUUGGCUUCUUUCCCCCUCUGCCCGUCCGUCAGUACAGCACCCUGCGGCUGUUCGCCAGAGCCGUUCCUGACAUUUCUGUCUCCGAAAUCACCUGGACGGCACCUGGCGGCUCUCCCAUGAAGACAGAGAAGUGGUCAAUCUCAGGCACGGUGACUAAAGUGCCACAGGUCCAGAACGCCGACGGCGGGACUUACACCUGUACGGUUUACCCCCGGGGUAACUCCAGCGGUGCGCUGGCUGUGCGUGUGGACGUGAGAGUUGACGCCAACAAUGUGGCCUCAUUCACCAAUAUUUCACACCAAAAUGAGAUCUUCACUGCCACUCAGGCUCAAAAAUCCUUCCUCCUGGUCUGUCCCAGCAGCCAGGGCGACUAUGUUCGGCUUCACUGGCUUUUCCCAGACACCAAAAAUUACAGCAAGAUUAAGCUAGUGUACCACUAUGACCGCUGGAGGGGUUUCACCUCCAAGCACAGCAACAAGCUCCAGCUAGCUGGACCGCCGUACAACCCACAGGCUGGGAGCUUCUCCUUCCUACUCACCCCUGAUUUGAAAGAUGGAGGCCUCUACGUUUGCGAAGUGUCUCUCAAUGACGUCAUUUUCAGCCAGAGGACAAGACUCAGCGUUCUGAAAGUGAAAACCAGCCAUUAUCCCUCGAAGCUGAAUCUGCUGUGCCUGUACUCAGAGCGCGCCAACGUUCAGGGCGCGGUGUGGAAACAUGACAAUAAAAGUCGGCGGCUGCAGAUGUCAAGCAGCGGUCCUGGCAGCAUCAGCACCACCCUGCCGCUGCCCAUCACCCCUGUUGUAGCAGGGAAUUACACCUGCACCCUGCAGCUGAAAAACGGCCAGAGCAUCCAGGCAGUUCAAGCUGUCACAGCGCCCCCAACAGAGAGUGUCACCCCCUCCUUCCUGCACCCUUCUCUCUCUGCUUUAUUACUCCUGGUGCCCCUGGUUUCAGCAGCUGUCGGCGUGUUGCUAUGGAGACAGAAACACAUUUCUGAUCGCGGUAUUGAGCAGUCACUGUCUGUCCAGUCUGGUGAAUCGGAGAACAUCUAUGAGAAUCCAGAGGAUAUCAGACAGGCUCCUCCCCAGGGUUCAGUCUACAUGGAUUUGAAGCCAAGAGGAGACAAUGACAUCUAUAAGGAACUGGAGCGAUACGAGCAGUGUCAGGGCUGAUCACCUACCCACAUCUCAUCCCCAUCCAGCUGUCACAUCCUCUCUCUUCACAGCUGCAGCAAAAGGCCUUUUAUAAACAGGAGUAACUACUCAAUGUCAGAGUUGGGGACUUAAAGAAAACUUUUGAGCUUCACAGAAAUGCUAUUUAGGUUUUCCUUUACAAGCUAUCGCUCUUUAGAAGUUAUAGGAGCUCACAAACCUCUCCAGAAUGGAUGGCGGUGAAUAUUGCAUUGUAAAAUCUAACGUAUUGUUUGCAGUGAAAAGGGGACAAAUAAAAAUAAUACUUUAUGUGUUAUCAGUAUGCGAUGUGGAUCUCUGUGUUAGUUUAUUUGAUUUGCACGAGUAUAAAAUGAAUCUCUAUGAUUGUCUUACUGAGUGAAAUGAAACAAUUGCUUAAAAAUACAGCUGUCCUAAUUUAAUUAGGACAUAUUGUGAUGUUUGAUAAUUUAAUUACUUUGUUGUUCAUCUAAUUUUUUAUGGUGCAAACUUUUAAUUUUACACUUAUAAUUAUUACUGUCUGUUUUAGCAAAAGUUUUCAACAUUCCAACAAUUAUUGCUGCUUAACUAGUUAAUGCUCAAAUGUAUUUACAAAUAUUUAUGCAAAAAUAAAUUCACCGUGUUUUUGCUGCCAAUCAACAAGAUUUUGUUUAUUAGAACAUAGCUCAUUCAGCAGAUAUUUAUUUAGAUAUUUAGCAUUCAUACUAGCCAAAUUAGGCAUGACUGGUCACAACUCCAGCCACUAGUUGGCGGUCAAGAGCUUUCAAAACAAAUUUUUGAAUAGUAUUGAAAACGCAUCAUUAGCCAUCUGUGGGUGUUGUGGAUUCAGGCCGAUUUAUGACAUAAGUUUAUAGGGUUAAAGAUAGUAAAUAAUACAGUUACCAACUUUUUUGCAUGAAUAACGAUUUCUUCUAGUGUAUUAAAUAGGAAUAAAACUAAAACUGGCCACAAUUUACUUGCAAAGUUCCCCAACAAUAUUUAAAUAUCUUUA